CAAUGACACAAGGAUUGUUGAUAAAUGGAGUCAGUGGAGCUCGAUUUUUCUUUUUCAUUUUCUCUUUUUCUACCAUGCUCCUGUUAGCUCAAGCGCAGAAACAGAGCAUCUAAGCAAUCUUGCAUCUGGGUGUGAAUUGCAAUUGGAUCGAAAAACUUGAGAAAAGGUUUUCGAAAUGGAUCUUAAAGGGAGUUUAUGUGCAGACACUUGGGGGAAGUCUUCUUCCUCCUCAGGUGAACUACCAAAAAGGAUGUCUUCUAAUAACUCAUCUUUUGCUGAUUUCGAUUCGCAGCAGCCUCAGCAGAAGUGGGAAGAUCAGAUCAUAUUAGAUUAUGGCAUGAGGAUGAAUUCUCCCUUCCCGGAGUUCAACCAACCGCAAACCCAGUCUCCGCUUCCUUGUAACUCCAGUAACCAAAUUAAAUUCCCAGUUCAGAUGAAUGAGGGACUCCAGGCCAAUAAAACUGAAGAUUGGGAUCCGAAAGCUAUGCUAAACAACCUCUCGUUUUUGGAACAGAAGAUCCAUCAGCUUCAGGAUUUGGUGCAUUUGAUUGUAGGCCGAGGAGGCCAAGUGUUGGGGCGACCAGAUGAGCUUGUAACUCAGCAACAGCAGCUCAUCACUGCCGAUCUCACUUCAAUUAUCGUUCAGUUAAUCUCUACUGCCGGUAGUCUUCUCCCAUCUGUGAAGAACAACCUUUCAACUGCCGCUCCUUCCAUUGGACAGCUUGGGCAGUUUACUGGGGUUCUUUUUCCCCCAGUGGAUGACCUUAAAGGUGGUGUUCAGCCACAAAAUAGUUCUGGGAGAAAAGUUUCGAACAAUCUAAACCAUGUUGAUCUUGGUGGCAAUUGUGUGACUGAACAGAACCACACUGUUGAAGAGCAUGAAUUAAAAGACGAAGAAGAUGCCGAAGAAGGAGAGAACCUUCCUCCUGGUUCCUAUGAGAUCUUACAACUAGAAAAAGAAGAAAUCCUUGCACCUCAUACUCACUUCUGCACAAUAUGCGGCAAAGGAUUCAAGAGGGAUGCAAAUUUACGAAUGCACAUGCGAGGUCAUGGAGAUGAGUAUAAAACUCCAGCAGCGCUUGCAAAGCCUCACAAGGAAUCCGGCUCUGAACCGAUGCUUAUUAAGAGGUAUUCCUGCCCUUAUGCUGGUUGCAAGCGGAACAAGGAUCACAAAAAAUUUCAGCCUCUGAAGACUAUUUUGUGUGUCAAAAAUCAUUACAAGAGAACCCAUUGCGACAAAAGCUACAUCUGCAGCAGAUGCAACACGAAGAAAUUCUCAGUUAUUGCUGAUCUUAAAACUCAUGAGAAGCAUUGUGGCAAGGAUAAAUGGCUCUGUUCUUGUGGCACCACGUUCUCGAGGAAAGACAAGCUAUUUGGACACAUUGCACUCUUCCAAGGCCACACGCCCGCCAUUCCCCUCGAUGAAACCAACAAAGGACUUGCAGGGCCAUCUGAUCGAAGAGAAGGCAAUGAAGCAACUAGCAAAAUUGGCAGUAGUAUAAAUUUCAACUUCAGCUCCAAUGUUCCUACUGGAAAUGGGACGCAAAAUGAUAUGGACACCAAAGGGAGUACUGAUGAUUCAGCCAGUUUUUUCUCAUCGUUGAAUUUCGAUACAUGUAACUUUGAUGGGUUUCAUGAAUUCCCUCGACCUCCAUUCGACGAUUCAGAGAAUCCGUUCUCUUUCCUUAUUCCAGGGUCUUGUAAUUACAUUCCGAAAACUGGAGGGGAUUCGAGUUUGAAUACUCUCAAGUAAUAUUUACUAAGUUUAGGUUAUUGCUUGCUUUAGGAUUAUUAUAAUUUCUGUCAUAUUUGUAAGUCAAGGUGAUCCCAUAUUCAUGUAAUUGGUUGAUCUUAAAUAAAUGUUCUCUACCAUGAGUUUGUUAAA